AACAAAAAAACAAAAAAACAAAAAAAAAAACAAAAUGUGACAGCAAUAAAUGACACUUCAAUUUCAUUGUUCCCAUUAUUAGCUUGCACCUAAACCCUAAACAAUUCUUUAAUCAUCAUUUAACAAUGCAAAUCUCACAUUAAUUAGCACCCCAGAUCUGCUUUCUUGCAUUAUAAUCCAGAUUAGAUCUUUCUUGAAUUGUAAAAAACAAGAAAAUGUUUUUGUGGGAUUGGUUUUAUGGAGUUUUGUCAUCUUUAGGUUUAUGGCAAAAAGAAGCUAAGAUCUUAUUUCUUGGUCUUGAUAAUGCUGGUAAAACUACUCUUCUUCAUAUGCUUAAAGAUGAGAGGUUGGUUCAGCAUCAGCCAACUCAGUAUCCUACAUCUGAAGAGUUGAGUAUUGGGAAAAUAAAGUUCAAAGCUUUUGACUUGGGAGGUCAUCAGAUCGCUCGUCGAGUCUGGAAAGAUUACUAUGCCAAGGUUGAUGCAGUUGUAUACCUGGUUGAUGCAUACGACAAAGAGCGAUUUGCAGAGUCGAAAAAGGAACUAGACGCACUUCUUUCUGAUGAAUCCCUUGCUACUGUCCCCUUCCUCAUUUUGGGAAACAAGAUAGACAUACCAUAUGCAGCCUCAGAAGAUGAAUUGCGUUACCACCUUGGCUUGACCGGUGUCACUACUGGCAAGGGUAAAGUGAAUCUUGCUGAUUCUACCGUUCGGCCUUUGGAGGUAUUUAUGUGCAGUAUUGUACGGAAAAUGGGGUAUGGUGAUGGAUUUAAGUGGGUAUCUCAAUACAUAAAAUAGAAGUUCAAAGAGAUCGCAUCCUUGUUAUGCUGUAGAUCAGCAUUUUUGGAAAAGAUUGGUUUCACCAGAUAUUUAUUCAUUUGUUUUUCGAACUGAUCAGCUCUUCUAUUACUACUAUUUUGUAUCCUUUGGUAUCUUCGUAGUUUGAUGAGAAGAUAUUGCUAUUUCUGUAAAAUUCACAUGUAGCUGGAAAUUGCUAUCUACAUAUUCU